AAGAACUAAGAGAACCUAACAGGGAAGCAUUCAUAUUUCAAGAUCUCUAAGAAGAGGCAGCAAUAUUUAAUAUGGAAAAAAAACCUUGUGAAUCACAUAAUGAAGAUUUAUCAAGUAGUGGCAUUGCAUCCAAUGGAGGUUCUUCAAGUCCAUAUUUUAUGUCACCUAUACGUGGUACAAUAAUUGAAAACGCAUCAGCACCUGGGAUUGUGACACAAAUCCCCCUUUUCCCUAAAUAUGAAGUAGAACCUGAUUCUCACAGGAAAGUCAUCCCUUACCCUGGAAAAGAACACAUCGAACGUGUUUUGGAGGAAUAUUCACAUCAAGUCAAAGAUUUGCAGAAAAGACUAAAUGAAAGCAAUGAAUUGCAUGAGAAACAGAAGUUUUACUUAAGGCAGUCAGUCAUUGAUUUACAAACAAAACUUCAAGAGAUGCAAAUGGAGAGAGAUGCCAUGGUGGACAUCAGACGACGGGAGAAUCAGUCCCAGGAGGAUUUAAAAAAUCAGCUUCAAAAUACAGUUCAUGAACUUGAAGCUGCUAGAAGCCUUAAGGAGGACAUGCUGAAUGAUAGCAACACACAGAUAGAUCAGCUAAGAAAGAUGAUGCUUAGUCAUGAGGGAGUGCUUCAUGAAAUCCGAUCAAUCCUAGUUGACUUUGAACAAGCCUCAGGCAAGAAAAUAUAUGAACACGACAGCCUGUCUACUAUCCACUUCCGCAACAUGGGCUCAGCUAUUAGUAAAAUCCUAAGAGAAUUAGACACAGAGAUUUCUUAUCUUAAAGGGAGGAUAUUUCCAGUAGAGGAUCAGCUGGAAGCACUGAAAUCUGAAUCACAGAACAAAAUAGAGCUGCUUCUUCAACAACAUCAAGAUAGGAUUGAGCAGUUAAUAAGUGAACAUGAAAUAGAAAUAACAGGACUCACUGAGAAAGCUAGCAGUGCUCGAAGCCAAGCCAAUAGUAUCCAAAGCCAACUGGAAAUCAUUCAAGAACAAGCAAGAAACCAAAAUGCAAUGUAUAUGCGUCAACUCAGUGAUCUGGAAUCUACUGUUUCUCAGCUCCGUUCUGAAUUAAGAGAAGCCAAAAGGACGUAUGAAGACAAGAUAGAAGAGCUGGAGAAGCAGCUGGUCCUGGCCAACUCGGAGCUAACUGAAGCGCGGACGGAGCGUGACCAGUUCAGUCAGGAAUCGGGGAAUUUGGACGAUCAACUUCAAAAGCUGUUGGCCGACCUCCAUAAGCGAGAGAAGGAGCUGAGUCUGGAGAAGGAGCAGAACAAGCGUCUGUGGGACCGGGACACCGGCAACAGCAUCACCAUUGACCACCUGCGGCGGGAGCUGGACGACAGGAACAUGGAGGUGCAGCGCCUGGAAGCCCUCCUCAAGGCCAUGAAGAGCGAGUGUCAGGGCCAGAUGGAACGGCAGAUGGCAGCAAUUCAAGGAAAGAAUGAAAGCCUAGAAAAAGUGUCCUCCUUGACCGCUCAGCUUGAAUCCACCAAAGAGAUGCUCCGCAAAGUCGUAGAAGAGUUGACAGCCAAGAAAAUGACCCUGGAGAGCUCCGAGAGGACCGUGUCGGACUUGACCGCUUCCCUCCAGGAAAAAGAGAGAGCCAUUGAGGCCACCAAUGCGGAGAUCACCAAGCUGCGCUCCCGGGUCGACCUGAAGCUGCAAGAGCUGCAGCACCUGAAGAAUGAAGGGGAUCACCUCAGAAACGUGCAGGCGGAGUGCGACGCCCUCAAGCUCCAGAUGGCCGAAAAGGACAAGGUCAUCGAGAUUCUGCGACAGCAGAUCGAAAACAUGACGCAGCUGGUGGGCCAGCAUGGACGAACUGCCGGUGCCAUGCAAGUAGAGAAAGCUCAGCUCGAGAAGGAGAUUAAUGACAGGAGGCUGGAACUACAGGAAUUCAAGAUUUUAAAAGAUAAAAAAGAUUCAAAGAUACGAGAGCUGGAGGCCAGAGUGAGUGACCUGGAGCUGGAAAAGGUGAAGCUUGUGAAUGCAGGCUCUGAGCGGCUCCGUGCAGUGAAGGACAUCAAACAGGAGAGAGAUCAGUUAUUAAACGAGGUGAAGACUUGUAGGAAUGACUUGAACAGCCUUACAGAGGACUACGAAGUCUUAAAAAGGAAUUUUCGAAACAAAAGUGAAGAAAUGGAAACUACUACAAAUAAGCUGAAAAUGCAAUUAAAAUCUGCACAGUCUGAACUAGAACAAACAAGAAAUACAUUGAAAUCAAUGGAAGGAUCUGAUGGUCAUGCUAUGAAAGUGGCAAUGGGGAUGCAAAAGCAAAUCACAGCUAAAAGAGGUCAGAUAGAUGCCCUUCAGAGCAAGAUACAAUUUUUGGAAGAGGCAAUGACAAAUGCAAAUAAGGAAAAGCAUUUUCUAAAAGAAGAAAAGAAUAAAUUAAGCCAGGAAUUGAGUACUGUUGCAACAGAGAAAAAUAAGAUGGCUGGAGAACUAGAAGUCCUGAGGUCUCAGGAACGUCGUUUAAAAGAAAAGGUUGCAAAUAUGGAAGUUGCUCUUGAUAAGGCAUCUUUGCAGUUUGCAGAAUGUCAAGAUAUAAUACAACGUCAGGAACAAGAAUCUGUGCGCCUGAAACUUCAACACACUCUGGAUGUAAAAGAACUUCAGGGCCCUGGAUACACCUCAGGUCCUUCUGUGAAACCACGUCUUCUGAAGCCCUCUGCCCGUCCUCACUCUAAUAUGCCGUCUACCCAGUCUACGGCCAGCUUCCUAUCUCAUAUUAGCACUGUUUUUGAAAUGGAGUGUUUGCAUGGCCAUUCUUAUGCUUCCAGAGAGCCAGUCGCAUUGCAUGCAGGAGAGCUGGAAGACCCCUCGAGCUGCUUUGCAUUCCCCUCUACAGUCAAUCCAUCUGUGAAAAAUUCAGCUACUCGGUCAUUCCAUUCUUCUCCUAAGAAGUCUCCGGUUCACUCCCUCCUAACUAGUUCGGCUGAAGGUUCCAUAUGUUCCACAUCUCCAUACAGGUCGGCCAAAACGAUCCAUUCAGCUGACUCUGUUAAAGCUUCACAGUCUCAGCCAAUAGAAACCACAGGAAAAACAUGCAGGAAGCUUCAGAACAGACUGGAAAGCUUGCAAACUCUGGUGGAAGAUUUACAGUUGAAGAACCAAGCAAUGUCUUCAAUGAUAAGAAAUCAAGAAAAGAGAAUACAGAAAGUGAAAGACCAGGAAAAAAUGUUACUAAAGUGAUACAUUGCUUGCCUAUUCUUUACAGAGAUAUGAUGACAAAUUAAUUGUGGUGUUACUUAUAAAUAGUGCUCUGCAAACUUUUUUCUUUUUAUGUGAAAUUUUAAUUAAAGAUACCCUGUCUUGUAAACUCUAUUUUGAAAUAAACUAUUCUUGAAUGCUC